UGUGUCAACACCACGACUAUUGAUCGUAUUGCCCAGGGUCUACUCACAGCACAACAUCCCAUGGCAAAGUGACAUGGAAUCCUACACGACGACUUUCCUUGGCCUGUGUUCUUCUCCUCGGAAACCCUAGUCGCUCAGACUAGAUUCCACUGUGCGCACAACUUCAACAAUUUCUUUGACUUCGCAUAGAGCGAGCGAGGGGCACAAUGCGUUUGGAUGUCAAGAGACAGCUCUUUGCUCGCUCCGAGCGAGUAAAGGGCAUUGAUUUUCACAGUACCGAACCAUGGAUCCUCACCACACUCUACAAUGGUCAUGCCCACAUUUGGUCUUACGAGACCCAAGCCAUCAUCAAAACCUUCGAGCUUACCGAUGUCCCCGUACGAGCCGGAAGAUUUAUUGAGAGGAAGAAUUGGAUCGUUUGUGGCAGCGAUGAUUUCCAGCUAAGAGUUGUGAACUGGAACACCAGCGAGAAGGUCAAAUCGUUCGAGGCACACCCCGACUAUAUACGUGCCAUUGUGGUGCACCCCGUGCUCAGUGUCGUUCUCACAGCCUCCGAUGAUAUGACAAUACGAAUGUUCGACUGGGAAAAAGACUGGCGGUGCGUUCGUGAAUUUGUUGGACAUCAACACUAUGUGAUGGGACUUUCAAUCAACCCGAAAGAUACCAACGUCUUCGCUUCCGCAUGCUUAGACAGAACCAUCAAGAUUUGGAGCAUUGACAACCCAACAGCGAAGCAGACAAUCGAAGCCCACGAGAAGGGCGUCAACCACAUCGACUACUAUCCUCACAGUGACAAACCCUACCUCCUGAGUACCUCUGAUGAUAAGACCGUCAAAGUAUGGGAUUACACGACCAAGGCCUUGAUUGCCACGUUGGAAGGACACACGAGCAAUGUCAGCUUUGCCUGCUACCACCCUGAAUUGCCAGUCAUUAUAUCCGGCUCCGAAGAUGGAACGAUCAAGAUAUGGCAUGCCAAUACCUAUCGGCUCGAGCAAUCGCUGAGCUAUGGCUUGGAGCGAGCAUGGUGCGUUUCCUACCAGAGAGGAAAGCAAGGUGUCGCGAUGGGUUUCGACGAUGGUGCGGUUGUGGUGAAAAUGGGGAGGGAAGAGCCUGCUGUCUCCAUGGAUGGCACUGGAAAGCUGGUAUGGGCGCGACAUAAUGAGGUUGUCUCCGCAAUCGUCAAGGGAGGUGAUGCCUCAGUCAAGGAUGGUGGUCCGAUUGCUCUUCCAAGCAAAGACAUGGGAACCACCGAGAUCUAUCCUACAACCCUAUCUCACUCUCCCAAUGGCAGAUUCGUCAGUGUCUGUGGUGACGGGGAAUUUAUUAUCUACACUGCGCUAGCCUGGAGAAAUCAGGCUUUUGGCUCGGCCCUCGAUUUCGCGUGGGCUUCACAUCAAAACCCCACAGAUUACGCCAUUCGAGAAUCAGGCACGAGCGUCAAGCUGUUCAAGAAGCUCAAGGAAAGUGGUAGCCUUGACGUGGGCUUCCACGCGGAAGGCCUCUGCGGCGGUUUCCUCCUCGGUGUGAAAGGUCAAGGUGGAAUUGGAAUGUUCGAUUGGGAAACCGGAAAUCUUGUUCGGCGAAUCGAAGUGGAGCCCAGAGAAGUUUACUGGAGUGAGUCUGGUGAGCUCGUGGCUCUGGCUUGCGCCGAUAUGACAUAUGUCCUUCGCUUCGACCGGGAAGCCUAUUUAGAAGGUCUCAACAAUGGCGAAGCUGAUGAAGAUGGUGUCGAGGCCGCCUUCUCCGUCGUCACUGAUCUACAGGAAUCCGUCAAGAGCGGAGAGUGGGUCGGAGACGCAUUUCUCUUCACCACAAACACACGGCUAAGCUACCUUCUUGGUGAGCAAGUUGUUCACAUUGCCCAGUUCGAUCAGCCGAUAUACCUCUUGCGAUACUUGCAACGAGACGAGCGUGUCUAUCUGUGCGAUAAGGACGUCAACGUCGUGAGCUAUAGGCUGUCAACCGCCUUGCUGUCAUACCAGACCCUGGUCCUUCGCGGCGAGAUCGACGCUGCCCAGGAGCUGCUUCCUGAAAUUCCGGCAGAUCAAAUGAACAAGAUCGCCCGAUUCCUAGAAGCUCAAGGCCACAAGGAACUUGCCCUGGAGGUCGCGACAGAUCCGGAGCAUCGGUUCGAGCUGGCCCUUGGCUUGAACAACCUGGCUGUGGCGUUGGAGAUUGCUCGCGAAGUGGACAUGCAAGCUAAAUGGUCAGCCGUGGCUGACAAGGCACUUGAGCUGUGGGAUCUGAAGCUUGCAGAAGAGUGUUUUCUCCAUGCCAAAGAUCUCGGCAGCUUGCUCCUGCUGUACACUAGCUCGGGCAAUCAAGAAGGACUGUCCAAAUUGGCUCAACAAGCUGAAGAGAUGGGCAGCAACAAUGUGGCGUUCGCCAGCUUGUGGACGACAGGUGAUGUUUCAGCUGCAAUUGAGCUUCUCAAGCGCACUGGUCGUUUGAGCGAAGCUGUCCUCUUCAGCCAGACAUACAAGCCAUCAAAGACGAAAGACCUGGUUCUCGAAUGGAAAGAAAGCUUGGACAAGCAGGGUAAGGGCAAGGUCAGUCGUUUGCUUGGUGUGCCGGGUCAGGAUGAAGAGCUGUUUCCCGAGUGGGAUGAGUAUAUCAAGCUCGAGCAGGAAAGUGGGUCGGUUGAGCCAAAGACAGAUCUUAUCGAUGUCAAUGGUGAUGAAGAGCCGGCGACGAACGGGACAGCAGACGAUGAGCCAGCUGCAGAGGAUGCCGCAGUUGAAGCCGACACUUGAUUUCAGUGAUGGUGCUAAGACAUGGCCACAGUCUGAUGUGUUAUGAUAGACAGGAAAAGGAUCAGAGUGACUGUUGGGCAUAUUGGAGUGCUUGCCAUGAACACAUUGCCUAGAAGUGUCAUCAUUUUGCGGUCCGUGCAAGAUUGAAGUAGUUCCAAUUCCCCGUCUCGUAUUUGCAAUCCUUGAGUCCUUCCAAAUGGCAAAACCGAUCAAUAUGGACG